AUGAGUCUUGCGAAUGCGGUGGCGUCGUUUGUGAGGCCGAAUAAGAAGAGACUACUCGAAGUGAAGAAGUUAUCGUCGGAGAUUUUCAACACAACGUUCAAUCCAUCGGGAUUGAGGACUGGUGCCAAGAUUCUGAAAAAACCUUUGAAGGGGCCCUUAGUGAAAGAUUAUUAUGGUGAUCCUAGUUUCCCAAGUUUCUUUACCAUGAGGAAGCUGUGGCGUUUUGAAGACCUGGAAUUGACCAAUAUGGAAGAAGAACACAGACUAGGUAUGAUUGACCAGCGCAAGAAGAGAGGUAAGGGUGCGCCAAAGAAGAAGUCUGAAGCUACCGACAAGACCAAGAAGAAGAAAUGA